AUAUCCGUUCUACUUGCCGGCUGCUUUGUGGGGAAUCCAGAAAUCGGCAAUCGAUUACAUCACUGAACCCAGAGGCAAGAUGGCGGACAAAACACCUGGUGGGGCACAGAAAGCCAGCGCAAAGGCACUUCUGGAGAGCAAACUGAAGUCCUUCACCAUUGGCAAAAUGGCUGUAGCAAAGAGAACCCUCAGCAAAAAGGAACAGGAUGAAAUAAAAAAGAAGGAGGACGAACGAGCUGCUGCAGAGAUCUAUGAAGAAUUCUUGGCCGCCUUUGAGGGAGGGGAGGGCAAAGUCAAAGCUUUUGUCAGAGGAGGUUUUGCCAAUGCAGCAAAGGAGGAGUCUGCUUCUGAUGAGAAGAAAGGGAAGCUGUACAAACCCAAGUCUCGCUUUGAAGCCAAAAGCUUUUUGCCUUUGGAAACCCCCCCACAGUUUUUACCAAUAGAUAAGCGGCAUACAGUUAAAAAGACUGGUGAAAAGGAGAAAAAGAAGAGUAACUUGGAGCUCUUUAAAGAAGAACUGAAACAGAUACAAGAAGAGCGAGAUGAAAGACACAAGACUAAAGGUCGUGUCAGCAGAUUUGAGCCCCUCUCUGGCAUGGAUGGAAGACGCUCCUCGGAUGGUUCUUCACGAAGAAACCGUCCGUCCAGUGUUCUGGAUGAAUCCGCGCCGGGCUCUCACGAUGUUGGAGACCCCUCGACCACUAACUUGUAUCUCGGCAACAUAAAUCCCCAGAUGAACGAAGAGAUGCUUUGUCAGGAGUUUGGCCGCUAUGGCCCCUUGGCCAGCGUGAAGAUCAUGUGGCCCAGGACGGAUGAGGAGCGGGCCAGGGAGAGAAACUGCGGCUUUGUCGCUUUCAUGACCAGGAGAGAUGCGGAGCGAGCGCUGAAGCAUUUAAAUGGAAAGACGAUCAUGAAUUUUGAGAUGAAGCUCGGGUGGGGUAAAGGCGUUCCAAUCCCUCCCCACCCCAUAUACAUUCCACCCUCUAUGAUGGAGCACACCCUCCCACCGCCACCAUCCGGGCUCCCCUUCAACUCUCAGCCCCGGGAGAGAUUGAAGAACCCCAACGCGACCCUGCUUCCCCCUCCCAAAAACAAGGAGGAGUUCGACAAGACUCUGUCGCAAGCCAUAGUCAAAGUGGUUAUCCCAACAGAAAGGAAUUUGCUCUCUCUGAUACAUCGAAUGAUCGAGUUUGUGGUGCGUGAGGGCCCCAUGUUUGAAGCCAUGAUCAUGAACCGAGAGAUCAGCAACCCCAUGUACAGGUUUCUGUUUGAGAAUCAGAGCCCGGCUCACGUGUACUACCGAUGGAAACUGUACUCCAUCCUGCAGGGCGAGGCUCCCACGAAGUGGCGCACGGAAGAGUUCCGCAUGUUCAAGAACGGGUCCUUGUGGCGGCCGCCCCCCCUCAACCCGUACCUGCACGGCACGUACGACGACGAAGAGGACGAGGAAGAGGAGGAGGCUGGCAAAAAAGGCUGCUUAAAAGAAGAUGAGCGAGACAAGCUGGAGGAGAUGCUGCGGGGCCUCACUCCCAGGAAGGGCGACAUUGCGGAGGCCAUGAUCUUCUGCCUGAGCCACGCCGAGGCUGCUGAGGAGAUUGUGGAGUGCAUCGCUGAGUCUCUGUCCAUACUCAAGACCCCUCUGCCCAAAAAGAUUGCACGGUUAUAUCUGGUAUCAGAUGUGCUGUACAACUCCUCUGCUAAAGUGACCAAUGCCUCUUAUUACCGGAAAUAUUUUGAAACCAAGCUUUGCCAGAUAUUUUCAGACCUGCACGCCACAUACAGGACAAUACAAGGACACCUUCAGUCUGAAAAUUACAAGCAAAGAGUGAUGUCGUGCUUCCGAGCAUGGGAGGACUGGACGGUGUACCCUGACCCCUUCCUGAUUAAGCUACAGAACAUCUUCCUGGGCCUGGUCAACCUGAAUGUAGAAAAGGAGGCCCCUGCAGCCAUUGUAGAGCAGGCCGUUCCCGAAGUAGACCUCGAUGGGGCCCCCAUUGCCGAAGAGCUGGACGGGGCCCCUUUGGAAGAUGUGGACGGGUUGCCCAUCGACGGGUUGCCCAUCGACGCUGCGCCCAUCGACGGAGCGCCCAUCGAUGGCGCCCCACUCAUUGAUGGAGCCCCACUCGACGACCUGGACGGGGUUCCCAUAAAGGCUGUGGAGGACGAUUUGGACGGGGUGCCAUUGGAUCAUUCUGGGCAGAAAGAGCCAACAUUUAAAGUAGCACCUUCCAAAUGGGAAGCAGUGGACGAGGCUGAGCUGGAAGCACAAGCUGUCACUACAUCGAAGUGGGAGAUCUUUGAACAGCCAGAGCUGGUGGAACAAAAGAAGGAGGAAGAGGAGAGCGAAGACGAAAACGACACCAAGAGUUCUCAGUCCGAAGAGCAGCAGUCAUACUCCAACCCCGUGAAGGAAGACGCAUCGGAUUCCAAAACGGCAAAGCAUUCUGGAAUGAACGAGGAGAAGCGCACAAAACUACGGGAAAUAGAGGUGAAAGUUAUGAAGUUUCAAGAUGAACUGGAGUCGGGGAAACGACCCAAAAAGGCUGGACAGAGCAUUCAGGAGCAAAUCCAACACUACCGAGACAAACUCUUACAGAAAGAAAAAGAAAAGGAGAAAAUGGAAAGGGAAAAAGACAAAGAGAAAAAAGACAAAGAAAAAACAGAGGUGCGUUCAAAAGAAAAGGAAAAGGAAGAUUCCACACCGACCAGAAAAGACAGGUGUGUGUCUCCCGCUGUGGUUGCCAGGAAGCGGCGGCACAGUGGCUCUCCCAGCCCCGCCCGGAGUAGCGGGCGACGGGGGCGGUCCCCUUCCCCGCGCUCCGAGCGCUCCGAACGUUCCGAACGUUCCGACCGCUCCUACACGAAAGACAGCUCCCGAGGCCGGUCUUCCCACAAGGACUCUCCCCGGAUCAGCGGAAAGAAGUCCUCUAAAAGGUCACCCUCGCCACCAAGGACACCGAAGCGAUCCCGGAGGUCGCGGUCAAGGACACCCAAGAAAUCGAGCAAGAAAUCUAGGUCAAAGUCCAGGUCUCCACACCGGUCUCACAAGAAGUCAAAGAAGAGCAAGCACUGACAAGUCCUCCUUCAAAAGUAGCGUACGAAAUCAGUCCGCUCUAUAACAGUGGGCGUAGUGGGUAAUUUCAUACCCUGAUGUUCCUGCAGUGCCACUGGUUACAAUUCAAAUUGCACUGACUUAUUUCAUACUGUCACAGAAAUCUCGUGCGCAUGCAGUUAUCCGGAGUCUCCGUUUCUUACCUGCCAGAAUGUUCGUUAAAAAAAAAAAAGAAAAUUGAACCAGAAGACACCUGAGCCUCUCACCAGAUCGUGUGUACCUCCUACCGUACUGUGUCCCCAUGAGUAGAGCCAACACUGUUUUAUAUUGUAAAAUAAUGAGCUUACCUUGCUUCCACAUGGAGAAUCUUCUUCAUGGCGGACCACACCUGUAUGGGUAUGAUGACUAGUCGUUGUUUCUUUCCCUCCUUUUUUUGUAGUUCAUAUUGAGAUUGAUUCAAAAUGAAACAUUGCCAGAUGUUUGUUUUAAUUGUAAAGUAAACUAUUUUUCAUUAAAGUCACAGUGUGAUGUGCUAGCUUUUAAAAGCGCAUCCGUAUAAAUAAAAACAUGUCUUUAUUUGUCA